UUUGUUCAGUCAGCCGCGGGGUGUCGCUGUGAGCUGUCUUCACGUGACACGGGGCUGCCUGACUUCCUAUUGGCUGCUGUAACUGGUCGUCUCGGCCCCAGUGUCCUCAAUGAAACCAAUACAGAGCGGGUAGUAGUGUGUGCAGAGCCGGGAGGAUGAGGACCGUGCCCGCCCUGCUCACCGUGCUGUUUGCCCUUACUGCCUACUAUGUGUACACCCCGCUGCCCAGCACCCUGACCGAGCGCUGGAAGAUCAUGCUGCUGGAUGCCACCUUCAGAUGUGCCCAGGAUGUGAGCAACUUUGCCCAUUAUGUGGGACUGGGUCACCACUUGCGAGUCUUAAAUUUUGUAUCCAAUUACUUUGACAAGUUGGAUCCAGUAUCAUCUGCCCAUUUAAAGAUCACAGACACUGUAUUUGAUGGCGUGGAGGUCAGAAUCUUUGAACCCCAGAAGGAGCUGCAUGGGUCACUACAACGCAGCAUCAUCUUUGUCCAUGGUGGGGGAUGGGCUCUUGGAAGUGCAAAAACGAGAUCCUAUGACAGCCUGUGCCGAAAAAUUUCCGAAGAUGUGGAUGCCGUUGUCAUUUCCAUUGAGUACAGGCUAGUACCAAAUGUUCAUUUUCCAGAGCAAAUUCAUGAUGUCUAUGCAGCUUCCAAAUACUUCUUGCAACCAGAGGUUCUCGCCAAGUAUUCUGUUGAUCCGCAAAGGAUUGUACUUUCUGGAGACAGUGCUGGAGGGAACCUGGCAGCAGCAGUCUGUCAGCAGCUCAUGCAAGACGAGACCAUAACCAUCAAAGUGAAGCUGCAAGCUUUGAUUUAUCCAGUCCUCCAGAUAAUAGAUUUCAACACUCCCUCCUACCAGCAAAAUAUGGACAUGCCAAUAGUUUCUCGCUUUGUCAUGAUCAAGUUCUGGCUAGACUACCUAAAUGGGAGCCACUCUUUUGCCCAUGCCCUGCUGGUGAAUAACCACACGUCUUUAGAUGUAAGUGAAGCAGUUGCUCUCCGACAGCUCUUGAACUGGAAUUCGUUGUUGCCUUCUUCCUUCAAAAAGAACUACAAACCUCUGCUGCAAAAUAUAGGGAACCCCAGUGUAGCUCAAGAGAUACCUGCUUUAUUUGACCCCCGGGCAUCUCCGUUGAUUGCCCACAAGGAGACCCUACAGGAGCUCCCGAAGACCUACAUCUUAACGUGUGAACAUGACGUCCUGCGGGAUGAUGGGAUGUUGUAUGUGAAGCGGCUGGAGGAAGCCGGUGUGGACGUCACUCAUGACCAUUAUGAAGACUGCUUUCAUGGCUGCAUGCUGUUCGCUACCUGGCCGACAUAUUUUUCAGCCGGUGCCAGGACAAGAGACGGCUAUAUCAAGUGGCUUAGAGACAACCUUUAAUAAUAAUUCUAACCACGUUUGCAAAGACUGUGUAGCCAGCUCACACAAAUGUAACAUCUUAUAAGACUUCCCUUUUAGUUUUGAAGGAUGUUCCACCCUUACAACUAAAAGGGACAGAGCUUUUCUUUCUUUAUAGAAAGUAUGUCAGUAUAGUCAGAUAUCCUACAGCAGAACUGGAAUUAGUCUGGUACUCUUAUUAUACUUGAAAUAUACGCCAGCCUUAGGCCUCAUUCACAUUUGUGUGUGUAAUUUCCAUAAUGCACUGUUUUUUUAACCAGUGUGCCUCCAGCCAUUGCAAAACUACAAUUCCCAGCAUGCCCGGAUA